GUUUACCCCUGUACUCUUUAGAAAUUGCAUGUUUUACCCCUGAACUUUAAAAAGUGCAUCGAUUACCCUUGAACUCUUCGAAAAUUGCACGAUUUACCCCUGCAGACUAAAAAUGCACCAAAUACCCUUGAACAAAUUAAAACGUUGCAUCGUUGGUCGUAAACUAUUAGAUAGAGAGGGCGUUGCUUCCACGCACAAGAAUUGUGAAUAUCAUUCAUCUGACCCUUGUGAAUUUUCCAAAAUAUCUUUACCCAAAAUUGUCAUCUUUAUUUAAAUGUUCAGGAGUAAACCUUACAAUUUUCGAAGAGUUCAGGGCCACGUGGCACGCGCUGCUGCGUCGUGUUUGGAUUCUUUGCUUCCACGUGGCAGCAGAUAUCCGCCUUCAUAUACGCUGAAACCCUCGCCUCCUUUCUUCUCCACCCCAACCUGCGAAAUCUCUCCGACAACAUUUUAAAAAAAAAAAUAUACCCGCGAAAUCUCUCCGGCCAAUACAAAACAUCCACCCGAUGCAGGCUGCGUGCGCCCCACGCGCUUUCCCCUCACUCGCUCCGGCAUCCAAACCCGGGGCUCCGCCUCCGAAUCGCCGCGGCGGCAGGGGGCGGAUCCUGAAGUCCGCGGUGAAGUGCGGCGGAACGGGGGCGGAAUCGGAGAGGAAGCUGGAGGAAGAAGUGGCGGGAAUGGGAAUACUGAAGGGGGACUGCGAGGACGGGAAGGGCGGCGGGGUGGCGGAGGCGUUGGAGUGUCUGGAGAAAGAGGCGAUAAUGGGGGAGGACGAAGGACGGAAGCCGUCGGACUACAACCGGAGGGCUCAGAUAUUCGACACGAGUUCUAGAAUCUUCCAGGCUCUCAAAAACGGCGCCGCCGUUCCAGAGGAUGAUGAUCCUCCUUCUCCAGAUCAGCAAGAGUUGAAAGGAAUAACCAACUUGGAACAAAUGUUCUCAAAGCACAUGCCCAUCAUAUAGUUACACUGUACUAAUUUAAACUUUGGACUUUUUUUUUUCUUCAAAAUUUGAACUACACAGUAACAUAGAUCGAUAAAUUUUUUCUUUCUUUCUUUCUUUCUUUUUUUAGCGAUAAUAAUAUGUGUAGUGUAAAACCAACAAAAUUUGUCUUAACGAAUAACUAAUGUUUUUGAUUAUUUAUCCAUUUUCAACUUUUGACAUAUAAUUAAUAAAUAAAAUAUAUAUAUUAUAUUUUAAUUAGAUAAGAAAAUAUUUUAAAAAUAUUUCAUAUAAUACAUUUAAUAAAACUAUCUUUCGUAU